AAUACCAGUCUAAGAACUGGGUGUCAAAACUAGACCAGCAAUUAGGUUGUUGUGUGUGUUUGCUUUUAUGUGUGUUAGCAGACUGAUUGACAGAUUGGAGUGUCAAGUGUCUGCUAGCUAUAAGAGUGUUAAUACAGGUUCACUGCAAUAAACUGAUUAACCCAGAACAUAGAGACACAGAUAUUGGGGUUUGAACUGACAACCUUCCACAACCAGCCCAAUUAUUUAACCACAAAACCACACCAUCACAAAUCACUUUUAAACUCACAAAAGCAUUAAUCUUAAGCACAUUAUUGACACUAUUCUAGGCUAUAACUUUAACUUUCAUAUUGAGAUUCACAAAUGGCACAAGUUGAUGGUUUGAUCUGGAUUGUGGAGGUCAUAUAUGACAGCUUUGUAUCAACAUACACACUAAUGAAUGUCUAAUAUAUGUGUUGAGUUUUGUAGAUCUAUCAGCUAUUGCGACAGCUGGUGAUUAUGAAACAAAACUUCCAUGCACUUCCAAAGCAGAUCUCUCUCUAAACACCUUAACCCUGAAAACUUUUCACAGCUUGGACUCACAGCAAUUAAUGGUGUUGUUAAUCUGUAAAUCUAAUUUGAGAGUUUUAGUGGGGCAGUUCACUUUCAAUCACAUCUAAAAGUUUUAAUCAGGAUUAAAAGCAUAUGUGGGACAUAUGGUGAACGGGCAUUGGAAAGAGCCAAUCGUGACUUGUUGCAGCUUAUCCACCGGGAUAAAGCCCUGAUUGGCACAUCUGAUUGUGAACGUGUGGUGUGAGAAAUCAUGACUUAUCGACACCUUACUCUCAUUGUGCUGUGGCAGUUCUAGACAGCUAUGAGAGUUAACAAAAUCAAAGCAGAGUGUUGCAAAUAUUAAUCUGAAGAUAGAAGCUCUAUGAGGGAAAUUUCAAACUCAGAGAAGUGCAAAACCGUAGAAGAAUAAUCCGCUUGAAGCAUGACCCUGAUUCAGCGUGCUGAGAUGCUGCAGCCAAGUGAACUUCAGGCUCUGUUUGGGGAAGAGAAGGAUUAUUCAUGCUCCCUGACUGAAAUUGUUCACCACACAGAGGAGUGUGAGCAUCAUUCUGAAGCUGAGAAUACAGCAGAGAGUUUAUGUGAUUUCAGUUCUCUCUCUGCUUCUAAAUAUGGGCAGCCAUUUGCCGCCUCUCACCCGCAGAGACAGGUAUUCUCCAACCAGGCAUACAAUACCAAACUAGAGGAACUGAAGAGAGAACACCUGAGAAACAUUGCUGAGCUGGAAAAAUUCUACCAGAGCAAGUUCACACCUGGCCAGAGAGAAAGACAGCUCAUUUCAAGCUGGAGAGAGAGACAGCAGAGCAUUGAUGAAGGAAAGAAAGAUACAGAGAGUGAGCAUGUGGAACCCAUCCAGAUUGGUGGCAAGGUGUCAAUGGGCUGGCUGAAGAAUGGUGUCUCUCAUCUGAAGUUAAAGCAGACUCGUCAGAACUCUUUAGAGGACCACAGAAAGUCAUGUCAAUCUCAGCAGAACUCAUCUCAUAAUGUAGCCAAUCAGGUGAGGGACACAGCACAGGAGCAAUCGGACACCCUUAGACAGAAUUCCAAAAUAACCAUUCCCAAACCAUUUCGUAUGAUGCUCCGUGAGGAGGAGCGGAAGCGCCGCAAUGUGAAAACUCGGUCUGAGAUGGAGUUAGAAAAUGAGAAACUGAGGAAAGAGCUGGAUGAGCUGAAAGAAUGUGGCAGGACGUUUCGAGCUAAGCCGGCCCCCGCCUCCACUCAUAUGCUUCUUUAUGACAUCAUCGACAAGCGACCAAAUAAGUUUCAGCACCAAAAAAGGCUAAUCAGCCCAAACAAUCUGGGUCACCAUGAAAACCACCACCAACAAGGCACUCAACGCUGUGCACCUCCAAUUACCCAGAAACCAUUUAGCUUCCUUGAAAGAGAGCGAAAGAAAAGGGAGAAAAAACUAGCGGAUGAGCUAAACAACCUGACGCCCAUUGAAGAAAGAAGGUUGUUCAAGGCCAGGCCGGUACCGAAGUCUUUAUAUAGGCCCAGCUCACCAAGUUACCAGCUGUAUGGAGCAGUCAGUCUGCGCACAAGAGAGCAUGAGACUCACAGACAUUCAGUACUGACCCCUAGCAUCCUGGAGGAAACACUGCAAGAGAGUGAGGAUGCUAAGCAUGCAUAUGACGAUGAAUUUCCCAGGCCACAGAACACAGACAAACCUCUUUGCAACAGCAGCCUCUGGAAAUGGAAGAAUAAGGGUGUACUGCAGAUGGAGGAAGAAAUGGAGAGAAAGAGAAAUAGAGAGAGAGACAGAGACUGGUCCUACAUUCAUCCCCUACGCAGGACCAGCCUCUGCCACAGCCAAGAGCUACUAAACACCUGCAAGAGUGAUUACAUCAGUGUUUAA